AUUCUAGCGUUUAAAAGUUAUUACGAAUCUGUAAAAAGGCGAAACGUCGUUGUGUACCACUUAACCCAAAACAACAUGAUUUUAUUACGUGCAUGAACCGCUUUUGUGUGUAUGUUUCUUUGAUGAGAAAUGUGGGUAAUGUUACAGUACAGUCAAGGACACAAAAAUGAUAAUAUUCAGUAAUAUAGUCCGUCGCAAAUAAUAUUAGACACUUAAAUUUUGUGUUUCGUUAAGAAAAAAGCUUUCUUUCAGUUACGAUAGUUUGUUGUGUUUGAAUUUGUGUCUUUGGCUGUAUAUGAACCUUGCUUGGAUGAUGAAAGAGACACUUUGGUUACUUGGUUAUAAGUUUAUAUAAAUGUAAUUAUGUAGAAAUUAAAUUUGUAUAAGUGACUAACUACAGUUGUUAUUUUGUUUUGAGCAGCCGUGUCCAGCUCUGGCAAAUUAAGAGGAUGUAGAUGUCUAAUCUAAAGGAAUUGUGUAUAUUUUAAACUGAAUUAAGAUGCACAAAUGUAAAGAGUAGGCAUGGAAACGCGGUUUAGGAGCUUCUGAUAAGUUCUUGACUGUGAAGAAUUAAAUGAAAAUAUAGGACAUUUGUAAUAUAAUAUUGUAAUUCUUCUUUAUAUUCUUCGACCAGAUAUUUAGACCUGUCUUGUAUAGAGCUAACCUCAGUCACUGGUAUCAUUUACCAGAACCCAAAUGAGUAGGUGCCCCUCUUCCCUGAACAUAAGGACGAAAAUAGUCCCUGUUUUCGUAACAUUGUGUUUUUAAAAUAGUAAGCGAAGGAUAAAGUCCAGAAAUUCAAUAAUCUAUAUUGUAAUGCGCCCUCGUCAGAUUACAGACGUCGUUCGCAAUGUUCUCUGCGUUAUUUUGCAGCCCUUCCUCCCAAAGAAUGUUACUAAAUAUAAGUAGUAAUAAAAGUACUCGUUAAAAUCAUAUUAAUUAAUACUGAUAUUUUUUAAAAAUGUUUUGUCAAGACAAUGGAUGUAGGCUGCAACUGUAUAAUUCUCUUUAGAUCUGAAAAGAGACAUUGUAAAAUGAUUUUAAUCGGUGAUGAGAAGUAUCUUGACCACACAAUACUUUGUUCAGUAUACGGCCCCAUGUUCUAUGUCCCUACAAAGCUAGAAUUUCUAGUUUUAUAGUAUGACCGAAUAUAUUAUUUUCAGAAUAUCGGCGUAAUGAGUAGUGUAUCCCUUAGGGCUACAUCCCCUCUCCUAUCUGGGGAGAUAAAAUGUAUGGACCAUAUUGUUUCUUUAUAUGCUGCAGGGAUGCAACUUCAGAGUUCGAAUCCCGUAAUUCACAUUUGUUCUGAAAUGUACUUUUCCCAGCUUCCACGCCGAAAAAAUUGAUUUUUCUGUUACACUUGUAUUACAUCUUUUGUACUACAGUUGAUGUACAGCAGUUUAUAUACCCGGCAGUAACGCCAAGUGAAAAUGUUUCCUACGUAGUUCAUCGGAUACAGGGCGCGUAUUGUAACAGGAUGUUUGCCACCGACUACUGCAUUCUGCCCCUGUCUGACUGCAUAACGGAACUACUCACUUUCCGUUGCUUCCAGCUUUUGUAACACGAAACCCAUAGGUUAAUGUUAUUUUGAGGUUAAGGCCAAGUGGUCAAUGUGUUAUAAUUAUUUUGUUCUCUUUGAAGCCAUGAAAGCUGUUGUUAUGAAGCGGGGAAAUGAAGAAAUUGUUGGAUUUCUGAAUAUUUACGCCAGCAACAGUAGUUGUGUGACUACGACAAGAACUUUAAAACCACAACAAAACGCUUUGCUGCACUAGCAACAAUUUACAGUAAAAUAAAUAUUCAUGGAUUUAGUAUCGACGAAUUAAAAACUAAUGAAAGUAUAUUUUGGAGUCUCCUGAAACAGUUCCUUUCAACAAGGUUCCACGCUCCAAUGCGACUUUCUCUUUGUUUAUUCCCGGGUCCCAAUAUGUUUCUUCCUAUUAUGUUCAGUUUUCAGGCACAAAAUGAUGACAUCCAUCACUUGCGACUGCCACAACUUGAAAAUCCAUUCUUAAAGUCACACUCGUGAUUAAAUUUUACAAAUGUCUGGAAACUGCUACGUACACUAAUGCCACCAUGUGUUUGUUUAGUUUCUCGAAACCUAAGUUUAUGAAACUGCGAAAUCUGGUGUCUCCGUGUAAACUAGGCUUUGUAGCCAAAAGUUCGGUCCGUUAUUUGUCCCUUUCGUUGCAAGAAUUUCCAAGCAAAGAGCGGGCAACCCAUUUAUUUCUCGUCUUCAGGUAGAGAUUACUAAUAGGGCAGCCUGUCCCUUCGAGGACGGAAGCAUUUCAGCAGUUCUUGGUGUCCAGGUAAGAUAUGAAGCUGAAAGCAACUUGUGGUUUAUUUAUUAUGGUUAGUAUUAAUUGAAUUUUCACCUGAAAUAUUAUAUGCAGCUAAGAAACUGAUAAUAUUUUGAACACUGUAGAUUCACAGGUUUUACAUACAAGUGUAACCAAUUAUUUGAGUGCGGAAGGACAUUCUGUGACCUUCAGUGUGGAUCUGUAGAUGGAGGCCAUACUUUUCUUCGAAACUUUGGUAACCUCCUUCAGUAACCACACGCAGUCCCUUACCGGAAGAUCACAAGAGAAAACCCAGAGUCUCAUACACUGUCAUCAAAUAUUCUGAAAUAAUGAUGUCGGUGAUACUAAUUAUUUGGUUGCUCGCUUUGAUGGAUAGUAAAAUCAGUGCAUCGGUAGAUUUGUUGAUGUUUUAGAUAGGUUUAUAAGUAAUGGUUAAUUUAUUUAAUAUCGCUGUACUAAGUCCAGAGAUUCGAUAAUAUUUGAAGCUUUCAUGGCUACUGAAUGCAGUGAAGUUUUCUCGGGGGAUUAACCUUAUGAUAUAGAUAGAGACAAUCUCCGAAACGCUGGGUAUAACGCCCUAAUUACACAGCUGAUAGCCACAGAAGAAUAUUGACCACGCAUUAAGUGGGUUAACUUUUUGAAGCAGAAUGAAUAAAUGAGUGAGAAUACAGAAGAUAAAGUGUGGAGCAGUGAGUGAUGCUAAGUUGAAGGUGGGUCUGGAACAGACGUAAAUUUAUGACAAUAAAGGUUUCCAGACCGUGUCCGUUCGUCCUGGUAAAUGAAGGUCGAAGUUGAUCAGGGAGCAUACUGCAUUCAAUCAGAACUUGAAAUUUUUAUUUGCCUCCGGAGGGCGGCAUGUCGUGAAAUUUGGUGUUAACAUGGGGGGAUAUAUUAAGGCGGAAUUUUGAUGUUGAGGAAUAAGAUAAUGCUCUCCCCUUUUUCACAGGGAUAUAUUCUCAGAAAAAGUGGAGUGUACCGCAGAGGAUAAGGACAGGAAGAAGAGGUCGUAGCUCAUUUCAAGGUACCAACGACGAACUAAACAACGUUUAAGAAGGCACACCCCUUCACACUGCAGACAGAGGUGAACACUGCAUAUGAAGUACAACAAGCAGGAUCCUAGCUCAUAGCAGGUCCUCCUUUGGGAGUGAAGCAAGAGUGGGCAGAAUGUUGUACAUAUUCCAUGUGGACACAGGCAAGAUGAUGAUUUAUGAAAUGAACCUGGCCUUGGAGUGUGUCAAACAGCUGAGUGAUGUGAUUGAGAGAAGCUGUGGCAUCCCCGCUGACAAGCAGGUGCUCUUAGUAAGUGGUGGGGAGAGUUUGGAUCCAACAGCUCGUGUGUGCAGCUACUCCGCUGGGACUGACACCAACCCCAUCUACCUAUUCAGCAAAAGUACUAUAGAAGGCCUGACUCCACCUUCUGUCAGCAUGGACUUUGUUCCAGAUGUUGCUCUGAAGGACCAAGUAGAUGCCACCCACAGCAUGCCUGAUACUUACACAACUGUUGUGGCAAGGGUCCAGCUGGCACAGCAAUUUUAUGAGCAUGCUCGUGAACAGACUCGGGCCUGUGAGAAUUUGGUCCAUGAUCAGCAUCUCCAGCAACAAGGAUGGGCAGCAGUUUUGGCCAACAUGGAAGACACCACCCAGUCUUUCAGAAAUCGAGCAGAACAGUUUGAACAGAGCUUCAGCCAUUAUCUGGAGAUGAAGGCAGAGUAUGUGCAGCUGUUGGAUAAUUUGCAAGAUGAUAUAGACUUGCUGAUGAAGAUCCCAGUGAUCCCUGCACUCCUGGCAACUGCAGAGGAUGAGGCUACUGGAUUAGCCAUGGGACUGGUGUCAGAUUCUAUAAGAACAUCACCAUUGCAGGAGCAAGGGGAGGUGUUUAGAAGUGUCAGGGAAGGUGUCCAGCAGUUGGAUGUUAUGGGACGAGAGGCUGGCUGUAGUCUUCAGGUGCAGCAAAAUGAUGGGCAGAUGAAUCUCAUGCAGUGGGUCUGUGCCAACAACCAGAGCAACGUAUACCAAGUUGUUCAGUCAUGUGUAAAAGACAUGAGAACGUUUGAUGACCAGGCAAUUGAGUCUCUGAAGACAGAGGUGAAGCAUACUCUGAGUCAUGCAUUUCGGAUAGAGAUGAAGGAGAUCAAGGGCUUGGAAGAACGGCUGUGUGGACUGGAGCAGCUCAUGGUUGAAACCAAGAAGAUUGUGCAGGAACAGAAUGAUCUGACUCAGUCAUUUCUGUCAAACCAGACUCGGGCGAAUGUUCUGGGUGAUGCCUCUAUCUUGCCGGACCUCUGUGCAUCCCAUCGACGUCAACUGCUGGUGAUGUUAAAAAACCAUGAACACUUGCUGGAUAUUCGAGCUCGUUGUACCCGAGCCAAGGAGGAGCUGUGUCGUAACUUGCACGUGCGUCUCAGAUGGGUCAUGUGUGUGGAGAAUAUGAUUAGUGAUGUAGGCAACCGGCUCAUGAUGUACCAUGAGAAGCUAAAGCGCAUGCAUCGACAUUUUGUCAUUAUCCAGCAGAUUCACAUAUCUGCACAGAUGUACAUCAAUGCUGUCGGAGAAGUUGUACGGCGACGGACCUUCUCUCAGGCUUUUCUUGUGUGGGCUAGUGACCUGGCAUGUCAAUUGCUGGCUGUUCACAACGAGGAGGUGGCUAGGCGCAGGGAAUUCCAGAGCCAGUUUGAAGGUCACUUUAUGAGAAAUCUUUUCCCAGGCAUGGAGGACCUGCCUCCUUCAUUCGCCACACAAGCACCUGUACCUUUUGACUUAGAUCUACCCCAGAUUACAAUAGAAGACAUAGACUGGCUGCAUGCACAGCUUCCAGAACUGACAUUCUCAGUGUCUGGUCCUGAUCUGGAAACAAUCACCCAGUUCUUCCUUAUCAAGUCUGUGACAGGAACUCUGAAGACAGAGGAUAGGGAGGAAACUGCAGCCCUGGAGGACAGACUGGUGAGAGUGGUGACAAAUGCAGGUCUAGCGAGCCACCUGGAUCCAACACUGCUGCAGCCAGCUGAUCCUGAUGCCCCUGGUCUCGGUCAGAGUCCCAGUCCCAUUUCUUUACAGGGCAAUGCUCCCCCUAGAGAUCAUGACAGGGGCUUUGAAUCUGAAACUGACACAGAGGAGUUUGAGAAGGUGGGUCAGAGCCCAGUAGAGUUGGUUUUUGACUCCAAACCAUCGACAAGCAGCGUAUGCAUCUCAGGCCAGGUGACGGAGCAGGUGCAGGAGCAGGACAGGGCACCAUGUGUUCUCACCACGCUGGAGGUUGGUGUCUGUGGCAGCAGGGCUGACUCUUCCUCUCCCCCUUCCUCGUCCCCGCUGCUUCCUCACCAACAGCCAUCUCUGCUGCUGCAGUCCCAUUCUGAAUUUACCACUGCUGACUUUUACAUUGAUGAGUCAAUGCCGUCAAGCUACACGGAGAGUAACAGUGCAAGAUCCCACCAUCAGGCAGCGCCAGAACUGACCCGCCAGCUGGAAGACAUGAACACUCUUGUUACUCUUCUUCAGGAGAAUUUGGGCAACACCCGCAGCGAAGUGGAACGGUUGCGUGAGCAGCUCAGUGCCUGUGCAUAUGUCACAUGUGACAUGGUCAGUAGACUGCGGGCUGAUUUGGCUGGCUUGCGGGCUCAUGUCCAGCAGGAGCAGGUUGAAUUUGGCAGACUGCAGGUUCAUCUCUUGGCAGCACUGGGACAGCAAUAUGAAGCUGCCGUGGCAUCUGAGAAAGUGCUUCGGCAGGAACAAUUACAGCGCCUCACUGUAGACCAUGAGCUGGAGAUGGAUUCUCUCAGGAAAGAUGUCAGAACUGCAGUUGAGACAAAUGAUGAGGAGAUUCGAAUACUGAAGCAGACCAAUGUAAUGAAGGAAGAAGAAUUGGCAUCCUUGCAAGCAAGGAUGGAGGAGCGGUUGGAGGAGGAAGUGCAUGUCCGGCAAGAAGCAGUACAGAAUUUAGAGCUUAAGCUGUCAGAGAUGAGGGAACAGUGCAGUGGUUUGCAGGGGCAGCUGGAAAGAGCAGAGGCCAACAAGCAGACAGCACUCAAAGAUCUCUCUGAUCAACUGACUCACAGCUAUAAGACAGAACUUGAGGGGCUCCGAUCUCGUUUCAGGCUCAUGGCAACCACUUCUAUGGAGCGAAGUCCCAGUGAUGGCAGUCUUGAAAAGAUAGAGAGGUGCGAACUGAUUGAGCUGGUUAAUCAUGAAGCUAUUGUAGCUCAGAUACGUGAGGAUCUUGCAACAGAACGGGAGGCAUCGGUGAGAAAAGCGGUGGAGCAGGAGCGAGCACGCUGGGAGGCCAGGCUUGAGCAGGAGCUCAAGCAAGCUCGUGUACGCUCUGAGGCAGAAAGACAGGUGUGGUUCAAUGAGACAAUGCGGCGUGUGCUGGACGACAAAGAACGGCAGCUGGGAAUCCUGCGGAUGCGUGAAGCCUCACUGGUUGAGGAAUGUCAGCGUCACCAGCAAACAAUCCGACUCCUGACAGACAGUAGAGACUGUGGUCCACAAAGUGGUUAUGGUCCUGACUCCAGUGCUGGAUCAGCAGUGUGGCCCCUUCUGGAUCGUGUGGAUGUGCUAGAAGCGCACAAGGUUCUUCAGCAGGCCCAGAUGGCAGAGGAGCAUGAGAAGAAGGCAGCAGAGAUGAAUACCUCAGUAGCUGUUGUGCAGCAAAGGGUCAGCAGUCGAGAUGCAGCUACAAGUCCUGACCCUUCACAACAUCGUUUACAGGAGAAGUUGACACAGAGCACAACAUCUCUCAUUCAGCAAGGGAAGAUCAGCAUUUCAUCGUGCAACAUUGGUGAUUCAGUUCUGGUGGUGUGGGAUGAGGAGCAUCGCAACUACACAAUCCUGCAGGAGACGGCUACACUCUACUUCUUACACUCGGACUGCUUGGAUACACUUGGACUUUGCCCUGGAUCUGAUGGUUCACCAAGACGGCUGUACAGCACAGGUGAAGUUACUGACAAGGAAUAUUGCUAUGCCAGGAAAUCAGAGAACCGCUACCGAGUGCCAAAGGGAACAAAAUUCUAUCGAGUACAAGUACAGCCAUUGCAGAAGGAUUCUUCAUUAGUACGAAGCCAACACCAUCACCGCCAUCAUCAUUUGCACAGUCAACAGUCAAUGACUCAGUCCCAGCAGCAGCUGGUAUGCUCACAGCAGGAGGACAGCAGUGCAGUGGUUAUGGCAGAUGAGAAGUCCAAGUGUUGAGUGAAUCGUGGUACCUACUUUUUUAUUAUUAAUCACAUUCGAGGGUAAGAAAUUUACAGUACCUUCUGUAUACCUUUGAAUAAAAUAUUUUUGAAUCAUCAUAUGAAUAGGAUUUUUAACCCAAAAGAAAAUUGGUCGUGGGGAAAUGGUUAAAAUACCUUUGUGAGAGGUACUUUGUUUCCCAUCAGACUUCUUCAAUAAUGUGGUCACUUAUAUUCUAGUUAAUUUGUCACUCAUGAUGGCAACUUAUGUGAUAGUUUUUUUGUUUUGAAAUUUGCAAGUGGUAGUUCGAAACUUUUAGUGCUUGAGUGGAGGCAGAUAUACUGUUACUUCAAGAUCUCUUGGUAGAAGGGGGUGUUCCAGUGGCUGCCUCUUGGUUCAGAUUCCUUUUUUUCUAAAAAGUAAUAGGUAAUUGCAGUACUGCACGCUGUUCUGUCCUGCCUUGUCUUCUGCUUCUUUCAACUUAUGUAAAUACCAAAGGAAGAUUUUAAAUUGGAAGUUUUACUCAUAUUUGUAAUAUAAGCCAGUGUUCCAUAGUAAAUAGUUGCCCCACUUUCUAGUGCUGUAACUUCAAUUUUCAUUGUAACUUCUUUGUAUGGAAAUCUGGAAUCGAGUUGGAAUAGACACUUCUCUUCAAGAUGUUUGUGCAUGACAACUUUAUUCUGGCCAUUUCUGUUUCCUCUUAUGAGGGAGUGAGUAGGAAUAGUUAGAUCAGUUUAGAAUAAUUGAGUUAGACAUGAAACAUCACAAUCACAACUUUAUCACACAGAAUGGAUUUUUACCAUCAUGUUUUUAAUUGAGGAUUAAGUGAAUGCUGCAUCCCUGGAACACAAAUUGAACAAAGGAGAUGACACUUCAUAGAAGAUACUUAGAGCUUUAUUGAUGCUGUGUAGUAUAUUUUUAUUGAGAGGAUAUUUUUCCUUGCUCUUGUAAUGGUUUUUCUUAAUUUCUGUCACUGACCAGGAACUAUUUUUUCUAGAGUGUGAUGUAAAAGCCAAGGCUUGUAAAGCAAACAUGUUUGCACUCUGCAGACUGGCACAAAUGAAUUGGGCGUAGUUGACAUCCCAAUGUCUUAACUGUGACUAGUACUAUUUGUGCAUGAUUUUCGGGGUUGUGUUUUGUUGGAUCUACUCAUGAAGUGAUUUAAGUUGAAUGUAAAUGUAAUGAUGAAAAAAGGAGAAUCAGAGGUCUGCAAGACAAUGAACAUAGGUAUUUUUAUGUGUUCUUUGCAUAAAGUGCAUAAAAUUAACAUAAAAUGGGAAUAUCAUGUCUGUUUAUCCAUCUGCACAUUCAUUUUGGAGCUGUUGAAUGGAUUUUAAGAUUGUUAUUUAUGUCUACACUAAAAUUUAUGGGAAACAUUUCAUUUCUCAAGGAAGAGAUCUUUGGCAUUCUUCAUAUUGCAUACAAGACAUGACAUACAAACUGUCAAUUCUCCUACAUUUUCCAUCUUAUUCUUAUUUCUUAUUCAAAACCUUCUUUAGAGCUCUCGUACUGUUAUUUGUUAAGUUGCUUUCCAAGUCUCAAAAAUUGUUCCUGUUGCUUUUCUUAUUCUGCAGUUUAUAAUAUAUGAUCAUAAAUUCAGGUGGUCACCCUAGCAUUAUGCAAAUGGUGAUGUUUGUCUUUUAAAAUUUGAGUAGACUCACUGUCUGAAAUGUUAUUCAGUGACAAAUUUUGAAAAGAUAUAAAACCACAUGAAAUAUAGGCUAUUUAUGUUCUUUGCACUUAAUGCACAUGAUAUGAUGUGGGAUGCCAUAUUUAUCUGUUUGCAUAUUUAAUCUGACCCUCUGCUUUGUAUUGAUUACCAUUAUCAACAAUUUGACUUGCUGGUUGUGAUACUAUAUUUUGCUCACAUUGGCUGUGGACAGGGCAGGUAUCAACAUAAUACAGGCCUUCUAAUGACCACCAGAUUGGGAAGUUACAAAAAGCAAAGUUCACGCUUUAUGUCUGUUCCUUUUAGCAGCAAAACCGACAGGAAAUCAGUAAAAUAACAGAGUAUACACACAAUGAUACCAUGUAUGAGUUAUAAUAUUAAUGGGUCACUAGCUGGUUGUCAGUUGUGGUAAGUGGAAAUCAGAAUUUUAUAACCCCUUCACCCAUUGCCAUGUCCACAUUUUUAUCCACUUUAUAGGUUUCAUGAACAAAGAAUAGUUAUCAAUGAACUAUUAUUGCUGAAUGUUAAAAAUUGGCAUAAUGGACUGUAAAUGUUUGUACAGACAUUGUAUGAAGUGCUUUUUGUGUGUGUUGACAAAUACAGGCAGCCCUGUCACGGAGUGAAACACUGAAUCAAAUCGACCUGUAUUAGACUAAUGAGUUCUCGAGCCUUGGCACAUAGUUGUGGUGUUUUUAUUCUAGAAAGUCGUGGCUAUUCAGACCAUUUUUUAGACUUGGCUUAUUAAUCUUGUCAUCUUUCAGUAUGUUACAAUGUUGUUAUAGUUUUGGCCCCCCUCCACACUCCACCAAGGGUUCUACCUUUUCAUGGGCGGAUGACAGACAGUUUCAGUUUUUAUAUUGGGAUCAUCAAGCGCCCUCAUGAUGAUUUAGAUAUAAACCAGUUUAAUAAGCUUGGCACAAUCUCUGAAGUUCCCAUAACUGAGCUUUGUAAAUAUAAUUGUGCAAUAUGAUACUUAUAAGGUCAGACAGCAAGCACACGUGUGUGACUGCAUGCCUGUGUAAAUACAAAUAUUUAUACUAAUAUAUUUUUUCAUACGUAUUUAAGACCAUGUAGGAUUAUGAAGUGUUCCCCUUAUGUUUGACGGCUUCUUUCCUUUGAUGAGGAUUCUUAUAUUUAUUUCAUUAUGAGAUAAAUGGAUUUGCUGAUGUGAACUUUUUCUGUUACGGUAUUUGUACGAGCUAGGCAUCAAAGCAGUCCCCACCUUGAACGAGCAGUGUUUAAACAUAUUGUGCCUAGACAAUACCUCCAGACACUUGUCCUUUGAUCUUAAGUUGUGACUGUGAGAAUGAUUGCUCUGUUUAUAUUAAUCUCAGUAAAGGUUGGAUAAAGACAGGUGAUAUUUAUCUAAAAGUUGUUUGUUUCUUGAAAACGAUGCAGUUCGAUAAGUCCUUAAAAUAUUUAUUGAGUGAAAGUCUGUACGUUCCUAAUAGGUUUUGUUACUGGAGGUACAAAAGUGUGUGUCCAAAGUGAGGUUUUAUACUAAUGACAAAGUGUGGCUGAGAUGUGAAAUAUAUUGUAAUGUCUGCAGCAAUUCAUCUGUACAAAUGUAGUGUAAAAUAAAAGUUUUUUAUUUGGUA